UGAGUGUUUACGCUGAAACUUUACGCUCAGAUGUAAAUCUCAACUUGGAGUUGAAACCUCUUUUAGAUAUAAUAAACUCCUGUACAGUUUUUUUCACACUAAGUUCAAACUUCGUUAGAGAAAGCUGCAAGGAGGACGAUACGCUGAGCUGCCUUAGCGGAACGAGUUUUUAUUCAGAAGACGCAAAAGCUUUAGAGGAUGACGGGAAUUUAACGACCAAAAAUAACGCGUCACUUUUUGAAUUUGAAGACUCCAAAAGUAUUAAAGUUCUUCAAAAUUUGAAGGCUGGCAUCAGGCAUUUGUCUCUCAGAAAAAAAGCCAAUAGUGUGGAUGGGUCAUCGGGAGACAAUCGAAGCGAAUCCCCGGAUAUUUCUGACGAAAAGGCUACUGAGCACGAUACUAUCGAGACUAUGCGCAUAAAAAAUAAGAAAUUACAAGAAAAACUGAACGUUCAAAAAGCAAAAUCUGCACAACUUGUUAAAUGCUCUCAAGAGCUUGAAAAGUACCGCGAAGAGUACGAAUUUAUGCAAAAAGAGUACAAUACCUUAAAAAAUUCUUUUGGCAUUGAGGAGCUUUCUUUGGAUUUAAAAAAGGAACUUUCACUGGAAACAAAGAAAAAUGAAGAGUACAAAAAAAAACUUGAGCAGUUAAAAUCUUCGAAAAAUAAAUCAAAACCUGCUCACGAGAGAAAAGGACUCAAUAAUAAGGAAACUUCAUCUCUCACGUUUAGUUUAAUUCAAAAAGUUCCAAGCGCGGGAAAACAAGAGCCUCUAAAUCUAGAAAAAUUGAUUGCAACAAAAUGCCUUGUGGCCAGUAUCUCCCAAUCUUUGGAAGAAACCAACUUAGAACGCAGAAAAGUAAUGAAGAUGAUAGCUUUGCUCAAGAUUAAGUGUUUGGCAUUAUCAAAAAAAUUAACGGAAGCAGAAAUAACGAAAAGCAAAGGCGAAAAUGUUGAAAACAAUUUAGAAUUUAAAAAUUAA